AUGACGUGCUUCCUUGAAGCUGAGUAUCAAAGAGCUGAAGAGUAUGCUUCUGCGGAGAGAAGGCAUCUGCAGAAGCCACAUCUUACAAUGGAGGAUAUCCAUGUAUUUCCGCAAAAUUGGCGGUGUAACAUGCAGCAAUACUACAAGAACUAUGAAUUUAUAAGAUAUUCAAGCGAUCCAGCUGGAACUUUAAUGGAAGAUUUAUCUCGACUGCUAAGAGCACAGAACGUGUCAGACUCCUCAAUCAGCUACAUCGCUGACUCGUUGAAAUCCGGCCGAACUAUCCAUAGCACAGUGACCUCAUCAUCAAGAUUAUUUCUUGAACAACGUCUUAGAAGCAGUCCUUACUUAAUGGAAUUGAUCGUUCGCCUUUUCUAUUAUGAUUACAAAUUGUUUGGAUAUCCAUUUCCCAAUUUGGAUUUCACUGAUUCGCAGCAGAUGGUAGACAGUAGGGAGAAUAUAUAA